GAAAAAAUAUGGGUUCGAAGGUCUUCAAGGAAAAGGAAAAAUUAACAUUUAUUGAUUUGCAACCGCCUCAGAUAAUAGAGCUAAGAAAAAAACGUCUCUCUCUGGAAAAAAAAAAAACAAAAAGAAAACCUAGUGGUUAUCAUGAUCAAAUCGAAUUCGAAGGUGAAGGCAAAGAUCGUUCCCUCAGGCGGCGUUGAGGAUAUGGAAGAUAAAUCGAAAGGUGUUGGUGCAGCAGAGGCGGCUUUGUCUGUGGAAGAUGAAUGGGAGGAAACUGAAAAGGAGGCGAUAGUGUCUUUGUCCGAAGCUGCCAAAAAGAUCCUCCCCUCACAUUUUGCGGCUUUCGUGGACAAACAAAAGGGUGUGCCGGAGCUUGACUUAUGGAGGUUAAACUGUUACCUUGAGAAAGUAUUUUCCCAAGUUUCGUCAUUACCAUGGUUUAACAUGUUAAAGAAAUCUCCUUUGUCCUUUGUUCCAUUAUCUUAUAUUCCUAAAUCUGUCUACGAAGCACCAGUGGAUUGGAUCAACAAACUUCCAACUGAUGAACACUGGAAGUUCGUUAGGUGGGCACUUGAUCGACUUCUCACUGAUUGGGCAGCACAUGCCAAAGGUGAAGAACAACGUUUUACCCAAUAUGAGGUGGCGACAUUGGUUGAAUUAGCCAUGGUGUUGCGUGGUAAACCUGAUUCUUUUACUUGUCUUUUGCCGAUGCUGAGGGUGAGACCUAAGUAUCAAGGCGAGGACAAGCUUCCGCUUAUCGUUUGGAUGAUGGCUCAGGCCUUCCAAGAUGAUUUACCAACUGGCUUGUCUUCAUGGGCGCGUAACUUGUUACCACUAGUCGGUAAUAACAAGUCCUACAGCCCUGAGUUAGUGGAUCUCAUCUUGCAAUUUGUUGAGAAGAGGAUUUUGUCGAAUCCAGAGGCUCGGACCAUACUUGUAAAUGGAGCUGUUAAGAAGGAUGGAGAGCGGCUGAUUCCACCUUGUUCUUUUGAGAUGUUGGUGCGGCAUACAUUCCCUGCUAGAGUAGAGGAGGCAACAGAGAGGUUUGAGGCAAUUUAUCCGGUGUUGAGGGAAGUAGCCCUUGCACCAGGAACCGCAGUGAAACAGAUAUUCACUUUUUCUUUGAAAUUAGCUGGUGGACAAGGAAAUCCUGCUCUAGCCAGUGAAGCGACAGCAAUCGCCAUCAGUGUCUUGACACAAAACGUUGAUUGCUUUAAGCAGUGGGAUGUUCUCUACAAGGAGAAUCUUGAAGCUAGCGUUGCUCUUCUCAAAAAGCUUGUAGACGAGUGGGAGGAUCAUUCCUUCAAACUAUCAUCAUCAUCACCGAGUGAUACUCUCACUGUCAAUCGAACUAUGAAUAGCUUCAGGAUAAAGAACGAAAAAGCCAUCACUGAAGGAGUAGCCAAUCUUUCUCUUUACAAAGAAGCUGACAAGUCGUGUAAACUGAUCUCGAGGAGACUCUCCCGUGGCGGGCCCGGAAUAGCACCCUUAACCGCUAUGAUUAUAGCAGCUGCAGCUGCCGCUGGAGGAGGCAUUGGAGCCGCACUUACUCUAUAUAUCUUGCCAAUAGCAUAAUUAGUGGUUUCUCGCUGAUGUUGAGGAGUGUGUAUACAAGUCCUCUCUUAAAAGAGACUUAUCAGAAUGCUAACGACUUGUUUGAUCUAAAAUGUAUUAUUAUUUGUUGCCUUCUUUUAAUCCCUUUCUUUGAAGCUA